UCAAAAUGUGGUAAAGCAGGGGGUGGGGGAGGAGGACAUAAGCCAGACUGGCAAAAGAGAAUUGCAAGAACGGCAAGGGUACAGAAAGUGUAUGGGAUUGGGAUGGCGUAUGUGUGGACAUGGAGGUGAGAGCGUAGAUUUGGGGCAAUGAGAACAUAGGGGGGAAAGAUGGGGGGGAGAUAGGUUCCCAUGGUGGGAGGAGCUGGGUGCUGGAACACUGGUGUGGGGGUGAAAGAAGGGGGACAGGAAGGGGGAAAGUGUCCGGACUGGAAGGGGGGAAAGUGUCCGGACUGGAAGGGGGGAAAGUGUCCGGACUGGAAGGGGGGAAAGUGUCCGGACUGGAAGGGGGGAAAGUGUCCGGACUGGAAGGGGGGGAAAGUGUCCGGACUGGAAGGGGGGAAAGUGUCCGGACUGGCAGGGGGUGUCCGGAAGGGGGGAAAGUGUCCGGACUGGAAGGGGGGAAAGUGUCCGGACUGGAAGGGGGGAAAGUGUCCGGACUGGAAGGGGGGAAAAUGUCUGGGGGGGAAAGUGUCUGGACUGGAAGCG